AUGAUUUGCACCGUGGAGAUUACAGACUUGCUCUGCGCCACUCCCCAUGGUACCUACCUCGUUUCCCUCACCAGCUCCAUGUGUGACCUCUACAACGAAAGCACCGAAGACUACCUCGACUACGAUCUUCUUAGCAAGCUUGUGAUGGGCUACGUCCUGGAACAAAAACAGCAUGCCCUCGAACAACUCGCCGCCAACCUCGCCAUCAUUAUCAUGAGCGUCAAACCCGACGACAUGGACAGCUGCACCGUCACAGUCAAGCAACCCCCCGCCAACAAGAACGCUCCCACUAUUGCGGUCUCUCAGACACUCACCUCCGAUGAAUACGAGAAUGUCACCAGACCCGAUCUCUGGCUCUGGAAACGUGAAUUUACCGAGAAAAGACUGUCCUACAACUAA